AUGUCCCCAUCCACUCCUGCACUUUUCCAACCCAUCAGGAUCGGCGAUGUGGAGCUCAGCCACAGAGUGGUACUCGCUCCUUUGACACGACUCCGGGCAACACGGGAAGCCAUCCUCAGCCCUCUCGCCGUCGAAUACUACAGGCAGCGUGCAAGCGUCCCUGGUACACUGCUUAUAACCGAAGCUACGUACAUAUCCAGGAAUGCCGGGGGCAUGGCACAUGCUCCCGGUAUCUACACCGACGAGCAAAUCGCUGCUUGGAAAGGGGUCGUAGACGCGGUGCAUGCUCAGGGGUCUUACAUCUACCUUCAGAUAUGGGCUCUGGGGCGGAUGGCUCGUCCCGCAAGUAUUGGAUUUCAGGCCGAAACCGAUAUACCUUACGUUGCACCAUCACCGAUUCCUCUCCCAAACACCCCAGAUAUUGUUCCGCGUGAACUCACGAAAGAGGAGAUCAAAGAGUACGUUGAAUGGUUUGCGCAAGCUGCAGACAACGCUGUGAGCCGUGCGCGAUUCGAUGGCGUCGAGGUGCAUGGGGCAAACGGCUAUCUGGUCGACCAAUUUCUUAAAGACACCACCAACUUCCGUACCGAUGAGUACGGUGGCUCCAUUCCAAACCGAGCCAGGUUUGCCUUGGAGGUCAUUGAUGCAAUCAGUGCGAAGAUCGGACAGAGCAAAACAGCAAUUCGUUUGAGUCCCUGGGGAAAGGGCCGCACAGGAGAGCUGCGGAUGGACGACCCUGUCCCGACCUUUACAUACCUCGUAGAUCAGUUCAAGCAAAAGUAUCCGAACCUUGCAUACCUUCAUGUCGUUAGUCCGGACGCACCGUUCAACGUGGGACCUGAAGACAAAUCGCAAAAUGACUUCAUAUACAAGCUGUGGAGACCUAGACCUGUCAUCACAACUGGAGGGUACGAUCGUGAGUCAGGGCUGAGGGUUGCGCAAGAGACGGGGCAGUUGAUCGGAUACGGUCGCGCAUUCCUUGCCAAUCCUGAUUUGCCUUUCCGACUUCGGGAAGACGUCCCUCUAAAUGCAGUUGAGGAAGAUACCCUAUAUACGAUCGAGGCAGAGCAGGGCUACACGACCUACCCUUUUUCCGAGGCGUUCCUCAAAUCGGGGAAGCUGUGAUGUUCAUGGGGGCGGUGUGAGACUGCGCUUGCGAUGCAGAUUCAUAAUAGGGGAGCCGUGACGAGCAUUUGAGCUAUUUGACGUCCGGAUGUUUGCACGACUGAGCACGGCAACGACGGACGUGGUAUAUGUAUCGUCAAUAAUUCUCUUAACAAUCACCAAUCCCGGCUUUACUUGCGAGGAUAAGCACUCACCGCUGGUAGAGUGUGGCUUGAUUGACGGAACUUGGACUUUCUUGUGCAUCAGGUCAUCUAACGCAUACUCAUCCUAGCAUACACGGUCAUCCCUCGGUCACUUGCCCUUCCAGAAUCGAUGUUCCCACCAUUGGCCGUCCAGCAGGUGCGCAUUCACCCUCCUCCCAGCCGCAUUUGGAGUCUGAGACGAUCGAAGGACCCAAAUUUCAGUAAUACCAACUCUCCUUCCAUAUUCUAGGAGACGACUAUAGUUCAAGCCGACCGCGUGUGGCCCGUGGCUAUCAUCCGACAGAGCAAAGCGACCGCCCUCUUGCAAGAUAAUCUGAGCCGGAGUCAGAAUAUUUCGCUGCGGCUACAGCGCUGGUCGGAGGCACCCGAUACUUACUUUGACCAUGUCAUCCCCCGGGUAGGCGGAGUCCCACCCUUUGCGGAAUGCAGCGGCGUUCAGUUCGAAGAGCGCCCCGUAAGAGACCGCGAGACGGAUGUUCCUGAGAAUCUUCUCCUGCGUGGCCGGAUAGUCGCUGAACUGUAACGUGGGGUUGUAUAGUCGGCACAGAUCGAAGUGGCCGAUGAUUUCGGGGCGAAAGUGGCGCAUCAGCUCAUACUGGGAGUCGAAGUAUGAGCAGAGGAACGCUUCCAUCCGUUCUCUUUCUGUGCGGAGUGGGGAAUAAAAACUCGAGAGAGACUUCAUGAAGGUGUCAUGAUCGAAGUCGAUGGGGAUAGCGUGAACGUGGUGAACGGAGCCGACGAGAUACUCGAUCCGAGGUCCAGCGGUCUCCAGGAGCUCCGAGAGCUUGUCGAGGUCAGAGGAGGUGAUGUACUCGGUCUCCAGCCCAACGAGCAGGUUGAUUCUAUCCGCGUAUUUGGCUUUCAGCCUAUGCGCUUCAUCGAGAAACGCGUCGAAUGCCGAGAUCAAAGACUCUAAAGGCAUGCUAGCCUCCUCAGGGUAGAGGUCGGCCGUGCGGUACCGAGGGACGUGCUCUGUCAACCCAAAGGUCUCAAAGCCUUGUUGGAUGGCUUGCAACACGACUUGCUCGAG